AUGGUAUUAUCAUUUGACGGUAUUGCGCACGAUAUCCAAUUGCAAAAUAAGAUUUAUAAUGGCUUACGUCCAAGUAUUCCAGCACAUGUACCAAAAUUAAUAAUUGAAUUAAUCACCAGUUGUUGGGAUGAUCAGCCAGAUAAAAGACCAAGUUCUAGGAAAAUUCAUGAAACGAUAAGUACUUGGUAUAAUGAAAUUUUAAGCAAUGAAUCAACUGAAAUCGUUUCUCAAAUAAGAAAAUCCGACGAAAUAACUUGUGAUUUUGUAUCCUUACCAUCUCAUGUCAAAAUAUAUUCUGAAGCAAUUUAUGCCAGCA